AUGUCAGCGAAUAGGUUAUCUGAGGAGUACAAGAACGGAGUUGAUUUUUUCUUAAGGUUUUGUUUGGAGAAUGGGGGAGACCCAAAAUUUACUUGUUGUCCAUGUCUAAAGUGUUUUAAUGUAACAAAGUUGAGUUUCAAUAAGAUCAAAGAACACUUAUUCUUUAAUGGGAUUGACAUAAGUUAUAAGAUAUGGUAUAGUCAUGGGGAGAAACCCCCUAAUAUACCAGAUCCCCCUAGUAGGAUUAGUAAAGUUAGGAGGAAUAGAGAUGAAGUGAAUUGGGAUUCAUUGGAUGAAAUGAUUGAUGAUGCACGUUAUGGAUCAAUAGUAGACCCAAACAAGUUCGAGACACUACUUAGUGACGCUGAGAAACUGAUUUACCCUGAUUGUAAAAGAUUUACAAAGUUAUCGACGCUUCUAAGGUUGUUUAAUUUGAAGGCAAAACAUGGAUGGAGUGAUCGAAGUUUGACAGAAUUACUUAGUUUUUUGAAAGAAUUGUUGCCUGAAUGUAAUGAGAUGCCAAUGUCAUUUUAUGAGGCCAAAAAAACAAUAUGUUCAUUAGCAUGGAAAUCAUGCCCUACUUGUGGUGAGUCACGAUGGAAAAAGAAAAGGAAUGGUGAGGAUGUUAAGGAAGGAAUACCCGCCAAGGUUUUGUGGUAUCUUCCACCUAUACCCCGUUUCAUUCGACUAUUUAGAAAUGCUGAACUUGCUAAGAGUUUGUCAUGGCAUGCAAAUGAGAGAGUGAAAGAUGGUCUUUCUACAGACGGAAUAAAUCCACAUAAUAACCUUAGUAGUAAGUACAGUUGUUGGCCUGUCAUGCUUGUUAUAUACAAUCUGCCCCCAUGGUUGUGUAUGAAGAAGAAGUUUACCUUAUUGACUUUGUUGAUAUCGGGACCUAAACAACCAGGGAAUGACAUUGACGUCUAUCUAGCUCCUCUUAUUGAUGACUUAAAAACUUUGUGGAAUGAAGGGGUUAGGGUUUACGAUGCAUACAAGCAAGAAGAGUUUAGCCUUAGAGCGGCAUUGUUGUGGACAAUCAAUGACUUUCCCGCUUAUGGAAAUUUAUCAGGUUUUAGUGUGAAAGGCUAUAAAGCUUGUCCCAUUUGUGAAGAAGAAACAUGCUCUCAGUACUUGAAACACUCCCGUAAAGUUUGUUAUAUGGGACACAGGAAGUUCUUGAAGAGUAAUCAUAUACUUCGAACUUGGAAGAAGGCAUUUAAUGGCGAACAAGAGUUUGGGGAGGCUCCCCGACCUUUAAGUGGAAGCCAAGUACUCGAGAAGAUGUCUAAAAUCAUUUUCAAGAUGGGGAAGUCUAAAGUAAGUAUAGUUAAGAAGCGGAAGGGUCGUGGAAAGGCGAAGGUUGUGGAGGAACCAAAAAGUUGUUACAAAAAGAAGUCGAUAUUUUUCGAGCUUGAAUAUUGGGAACUUUUACUUAGUAAGGAUGGAAUUAAGGCGAGAGAAGACUUGACUGCAUUGAAAAUACGUAAUGAAUUAGCUCCAAAGCCAGGCAAUGGUCAGACAUUUUUGCCACCUGCUUGUUACACAUUGACUAAAGAUGAAAAAAGGGAAGUUUAUGAUUGUUUGUUCAAUAUAAAAGUCCCUGACGGAUAUUGUUCAAAUAUAAGGUCGUUGGUAGACAUGAAAACUUGUACUUUGACUGGCAUGAAAUCUCAUGAUUGUCAUAUUCUAAUGCAACAUGUACUACCAAUAGCUAUUCGAUCAGUUUUACCUAAAAACGUUCGAGAGAUAAUCACAAGGUUGUGUUUGUUUUUCAAGUCACUUUGUUCCAAGGAGGUUGAUGUGUAUACGCUAGACAAGCUACAACAUGAAAUCGCUUAUAUUUUGUGUAAACUGGAGCAAUUCUUCCCACUGGCCUUUUUUGAUAUAAUGAUUCAUCUCACUGUCCACUUAGUUAGAGAGGUACAAUUUUGUGGUCCAGUUUACUUCAGAUGGAUGUAUCCAUUUGAGAGAUAUAUGAAGAUUCUUAAAGGAUAUGUAAGGAAUAGAAGUCGGCCCGAAGGGUGCAUCAUUGAAUGUUAUAUUGUUGAAGAGGCAAUUGAAUUUUGUUUUGAAUACAUGUCUGGCGUACAAAGAAUUAGGCUUAAUGAAGUAAUUAAUGCUGACAUUCAGAGUCGUCGAGGUAGUGUUGUAUGCACAGUUACGCGAGAUGAACUAAAUGAAGCACAUCGUCUUGUGUUACAGAAUACUAAUGAACUUCAACCUUACAUUGAACAACAUUUCAACUGGAUCAAGACAAAAUUUCCAUCUAGGUCUAAGAACAAAAAAUGGUUACAAGACGAACAUUAUCGUACUUUUAGUAGUUGGCUAGAGCAGAAGGUUGUGAAUGAUUUGAGAAACCCAUUAAAUAAUGUGUCAGACAUUAUUAAGUGGAUUUGUCGAGGUCCUUCUCUUAAUGUCACUAAAUUUUCAUCAUAUAUGGUGAACGGUACUAAGUUUACUACUAUGGAGCGUGAUAAAAAUAGAAACACACAAAAUAGUGGUGUAAGUCUUAUUGCUACAACUUUCCAAGUAUCUACAUCGAAAGACCGAAAUCCUAUUGAAUGUGAUAUGUCUUUUUAUGGUGUAAUUAAAGAAAUAUGGGAGUUAGACUAUAUCAUAACUCAAGUGCCUGUUUUCUUUUGUGAUUGGGUGAAGAGUGAUAGUGGAGUCAAAAAAGAAGAUUUAGGUUUCACAUUAGUAAAUCUAAAUCUAUUAGGGCACAAAACUUAUCGAUUCAUAAUGGCUACCCAAGCCACACAAGUAUUUUAUGUGGAUGAUCCAGCAAAUAAACAGUGGUCUGUCGUGCUCACAACACAAUCAAGAAAUUGGAAUAGUAAUGACGGUGAUUUGCACGAUAUACCUCUUGUUGGACAACAUGUCACAUACACUUUACCUGAAAAUGAUGAUCAAAUUGAUGGUGAUAGUUCUUGUUGUCGUGAAAAUGGAGAAGGUUUAUGGAUUGAUUUAUAA